UGUCGUCACUUUUUAUUGUCUCUUUUUUAGGUGAACAUGGAUUAUUUUCAAUUUGAUUUAUUAAUGUAAUCGAAAUGGCUUCAUCAGUACAGAAUAGUAGGAUUUCAUCACCUGGUUAUUGUGCCUGUUGUCGAACGUGCAACAUGUGGUGUUGGAAAGGAUUCAAAUGGCUUCCAGUGUCAUUCAUAGUGUCUAUAAUAACUUGGUCAUACUAUGCCUACGUUAUUCAACUCUGUAUUUUUACAAUACAAAGCACAGUCCAACAAUGGAUUUAUUUGGUGCUGUACCACAUACUCCUAAUAAUGUUCGUCUGGUCUUACUGGAAAACAAUUUUUGCAGAGAUAGAACCAAUCCCUGAAAAAUACAAGCUGCCUGAAGCAGAACUAGAGAAGAUGUUGAGUGCAGAAUCUGAAGAUUCACAAAGAACAAUCCUUGAAAACUUUGCUAAGGAUUUGCCAAUUGUUACAAGGACAAUGUCUGGAUCGAUACGCUACUGCAACCGGUGUGUGCUCGUCAAGCCUGAUAGAGCUCACCACUGCAGCAUAUGCGCUCGGUGCGUGCUCAAAAUGGACCACCACUGCCCCUGGGUGAACAACUGCGUCUGCUUCCACAACUACAAGUUCUUCAUGCUUUUCCUCGGCUACGCGCUGCUGUAUUGUCUCUUCGUCAUGGCGACAUGCCUGCCGUAUUUCAUACGACUUUGGAAGGGCGACUUCGGUACAGCGACAUCGAGUGGUCGUUAUCACAUCAUAUUCGCUUUUUUCGUGUCGCUAAUGUUCGCGAUAUCUCUGGGUUCCUUAUUCGGAUACCAUUGUUACCUCGUCGUCAAUAAUAGAACAACUUUAGAAGCGUUUAGAGCGCCGAUGUUCCGAGGCGGCGCCGACAAAAAUGGCUUCUCAAUUGGUGCUUUCAAAAACUUCAAGGAAGUGUUCGGUAAUAGUCCGAACCUCUGGUUGGUGCCUGUAUUCACAAGCCUCGGCGACGGCUGCGAAUAUCCGGUACGUCGCGAACACCAGCUGCAGACGUUCACGAGCCCCCAGGACACCCAUGGCUACGAGUCCAUGGGCAUCACGCGCUCCAGCGUCGAGAUGGCCCGCGAGACUGAGAGAUGGAGACUGUGCCCGCGAAAGGGCAGAACCGUCCCGCAAAUAGUAUAAGGAUUUCGAUUAAUUUAAAAUCGAUUUUAUUUAUAAAAAAAAAAAUGUAUUCAAAUAAAUACUUAUUUAAAUUGAA